GUCGCUCCCGCUUCAACUUGGCAUCACCCUCGCCGCUCUUACUCACAAUGGAAGGUGCCGACCUUGUUGAGUCCCCGCGUAAGCGGAUCAAGACUGAUAAUACCCCCGUCACCGAUGAGGCUACACUCCCCCCUUUCGAUGGAGCAGUCGCGGCAAUCUCUGAAAGUGACGCCCAAUCAUUGAAGGAGGCUGAAGUAGGAAUUACCGAAUUUGUCAGCCCGGAGAAUGCGGGAUUUGCUGGAAUUUUGAAGAAAAGAUAUACCGAUUUCUUGGUCAACGAGAUCGUUCCCUCGGGCGAAGUGUUGCAUCUACAUACCCUUGCCGGACCUCAAUCGGAAGCGGAUAACAAAGACUCCACCAAUAAGACCGAAACGCCAGUAGAGAGCCAGCAACAGGAGAACUCAGAGAUUGCGGCUGCGGUUGACGCGUCAGCCAACACAGAGGAGACACCUACGAUUGAAUUCCAGAUCUCAGAUGAUGACAAAGCGCUGUUGGAAUCUUACUUUGGCGCAGAUCACGUUAAGAAAAUUAUCUCGCUGUAUAAACGCGCCCAGAGCAAUGAGAAGGCUCGGCCGAGUGAUUUGGGUAGACUCCCAACUGUUGUGGUAAAUGAUCGGGACCUGCGCAUCAAGAUGCAUCAGGCGAUCCGUCGCAUCUUCAAUUCACAAAUCGAGUCUUCGACUGACGCUGAAGGCUUGAUGACUAUCUCGGUGGCUGCAAACCGGACUAAGCGCAAGGCGCAAGGCGCUCGCGAGGGUGGUCGGGAUCGCGGCCGUGUCAACUGGGAUGAGCUUGGAGGUCCCUACCUGCAUUUUACCAUCUACAAGGAGAACAAAGAUACUAUGGAGGUCAUAUCUUUUAUCGCACGCUCAUUGAAAUUGAACCCCAAGAGCUUCCAAUUUGCUGGCACUAAGGACCGACGCGGAGUGACGGUGCAGAGAGCAUGCGCUCACCGUGUGCAGGCCGACCGACUUGCGAAAUUGAAUUCGACUCUCCGCAACGCGGCCCUUGGUGAUUUUGAGUAUCGCAAGUAUGGCCUUGAGCUGGGUGAUCUCGCUGGAAAUGAAUUCGUUAUUACGCUGCGCGAAUGUGAUAUUCCAGGUAUCGAUCUCCAGGAUCGUGAAACCGCUGUUACCAAAGCCACCGAGCUUGUGGGGUCGGCUUUGCGAAACCUGCGUGAACGAGGUUACUUCAACUAUUAUGGUCUUCAGCGCUUUGGAACCUUUGCGACACGGACGGACACUGUGGGAGUGAAGAUGCUACAAGGUGACUUCAAGGGCGCCUGCGAUGCCAUCCUUCACUACAGUCCCCAUAUUCUGGCGGCUGCCCAAGAAGGCGACAAUUCCACCGCUUUGAUCAGUUCGGAUGACAAGGCUCGUGCAGAGGCCAUCCACAUCUUCCAAACAACAGGUAGAAUCAACGAAGCUGUCGAGAAGCUGCCCCGGAAAUUCUCCGCCGAAACCAACUUGAUACGGCAACUUGGCCGUUCCACGAAAGACUACCUCGGAGCCCUGCAGUCGAUUCCCCGGAACCUACGAUUGAUGUAUGUGCACGCCUACCAAUCAUUGGUCUGGAACUUCGCUGCAGGAGAGCGGUGGCGCCUAUACGGCGACAAAGUCGUCGAGGGAGACUUGGUCCUCAUUCAUGAACAUCUCGACAAAAACGAAAACGCCAAUGGCCCUGCCGCUGAUGUCGAUGCAGACGGCGAGGUGAUCAUUGCGCCACAGGCAUCGGACAGCGCCUACGCCGCGAAGGACGCAUUCGUACGCGCGCGCGCCCUGACGGCCGAGGAAGCCGCCAGUGGCAAGUACACAAUCUUCGACGUUGUUCUUCCCCUGCCAGGAUUUGACGUGCUUUAUCCCUCCAACGCUAUGACCGACUUUUACAAGAGCUUCAUGGGAAGCGCGCAAGGCGGCGGUCUGGAUCCAUUUGACAUGCGGCGCAAAUGGAAAGACGUCAGCUUGAGUGGAAGCUACCGCAAGUUCCUCAGCCGAAUGGGAGCGGACUAUUCCGCCGAGGUGAAGUUGUAUUCCAAGGAUGAUGAACAGUUUGUGCAGACAGAACUAGAGAAACUGAACAACAAGCAACAACCCGCGGUUGAUGCGGACUCCGCCGACAAGAUUGCUGUUGUUCUGAAAUUCCAGCUGGGAUCUAGCCAGUACGCCACGAUGGCCCUGAGAGAGCUGAUGAAGGGGAAGGUGAUCGCCUAUAAGCCCGACUUUGGUGGGCGUUAGACCAUGUUACUGUACAUAUACCUCGCUGCACGCACCACCACUACCUUCUCUGGUGCUGGCACAAAAGUUUU